AUGUACGUUCUAAUUAACCGAUUAGCUUCACUGCAGCACCACUACGCAUAUUUCGUACUCAAAAAUUGCAUGGCGAUUCCUAAGCUAGUCUACUUGUUUCGAUGCGCUCCGUUAUGGAAAUUCCCAGAUUUGCUUCAACAAUUAGAUUCCGACAUGAAAUCUGCCUUGGAGAAAAUAACCAAUGUUCAGUUGAAUCACUCUCAAUGGGUGCAGUCGAGUUUGCCAGUCAACUUAGGCGGAUUAGGCAUUCGCUCAUUGUUGGACAUCUCGCUACCAGCUUUCUUGUCCUCCGUGUACGGCGUCAAGGAUUUCGUUUCUACAUUAAUCAGUUUACGGGAUUACGAAUCCGAAAUCGCCCACUUUACGGAGGCAUUGUCGCGAUGGAGCGAGUUGAAUGAAGACUUAACGCCAGAAAAUCUACGCUCACAAUUCAACUGGGAUCAAAUUAACUCCAAAAGAGUCGCAUCUUCGUUGUCAUUCCCCAACGAUACCGAACUGUACCGCUUUCAACUGCUUCAGAACAAGAUGUCAGGAGCAUGGCUUAACGUUGUACCGAGCCCAUGCAUUGGAACGUUAAUGAACAACGACGUUUUCCGCACAUGCGUUGGUCUACGCCUUGGUACCAAAAUCUGUCAUCCAUUCGUGUGCAUUUGCGGAACCCAGGUAGAUUCGCUGGGUUUGGCUUCCAUUAAUAGGAGUUCUUUGUUGGAACCACCCGGUUUAUUCCGAGAUGACGGCAAAAAACGCCCGGACGGCAUUACAUACACGGCUUGGGAGAAGGGCAAGGCUCUAGUGUGGGAUGCGACUUGUGCCGACUCAUUGGCCGCAUCGAAUAUGGCUGGGAGAACGAAGACACCGGGUAUGGCGUCGGUAAAAGCCGCAAACCGCAAGCAUGCGAAAUAUUCCAAACUUAAACGAAACUACCAUUUCGUCGCAUUUGCGGUAGAAUCACUGGGUUUAUUGAACAAGAUCGGCGCUAAUCUGAUUCGCACAACUGGUGAACCGAAGUCGAGGACUUACUUGUUUCAGAGGGUUUCACUAGCCAUCCAACAUGGGAACGCAAUGUGCAUUAUCUCCAGCAUUCCGAAAAGCACCCCAAUGGAAGAAGUGUAUUUCGUUCAGUGA